UGCAUUCUUCCAGCGAGCCAGCUAUUGUACGAAUAACUUACAGUACGGAGUACAGGGGCCGCUGACCACCUCUUUUUGUGGUGGCCCGGCGCUGUCCUACUCAAUCCAUCCAACCCCAUCGCCGACUUUGAUCACCACCACCACCAAAAGCGCCGUGUCUUAAACACCGACGACGAUACCAUCUGAACCCAUCGCUCGUCACCCGUUGAAUUGCACCAAGUCGAGAUCUCUUCAUCGUGGCAAUUCAGCAAUUGAACUCCCUCAGUACUACCCAUGUCCGACUAAUCGAAACAAAAGGGAGCUUCGCCUCGGACGCGUCGAUGGAGGAUCUGUACAUGAGAACCUCCAUCAACCAUGUCCUCCUGUUCGGCAUUGUCUGAAUAGCUUUCAAAUCUCCGUCGCUCCUUCCGCAUCAUGUCGCCGCAUAUAGUCGUGCGGCCCCCAUCGAUAAAAACCUCUUCGACAAUCUCUCACGACGACAUUCCUCCCCAGCCACUGGAUCCGACUCAUUAUGAGGCUGACUUCUUCCAUCCAUCGCAAACGUCACAUGACCAGACCCUGCCUGACCACCAUCCUCAGUCCUCGUCCACCACCAGGGCAGAUCAGCAGAGACGUGAAGCCGUUGCUUUUCACAAACUUCCCAUUGAGGUCAUCCAAAGAAUCCUAUGGACCGUAGACGUCGACAACUUCGCCUCACUAGCCAUAUUAAAUCGAGCCUGGUAUCAAGCAGCUCAAAACAAGGAGUUAUAUGCACACCAUCUAUCUCGUUGCCCGUCCUAUGCCUUGGCGAAUACCGUCAUCACUGGGCCUUUUCGAAAGAAUGACUUGUACCGACUCAAGACCAAGUUCGCUGCCGAAGUCCGUCGGAACCUGUUCGAAGCAUAUUUACGACCUCGGCAGACACUGAUCAACCUCGUUUCCGUCAAUGCGAGUUCCUCCGCUGCGUUGCCUGGUGCUGAGGCCUUCCGCUUUUCGUUCUCGCCUAACGGCCAGACAGUCCUCGCCUUGAGCUCUUCGAGGAUUUAUGUCAUUGACGCUAUCACCGAGCCCAUCUCCGUUACACGUGAAUUGAAAACUCUAAGGCGACCUUUGGCCGCUUCAGUCACCGACGAUGGUACUACACUCGCCGUCUUGUCAUCGAAGCAUCAGGCCAACGUGUACAAUCUGACCGCGGAAGGUGUCAAACACGUACAGGUCAUCGUGAUGGACAAUCCUCCUCGGACGAUAGCAUUGGCUCCUCAGGGCACCGUUUUAGCAGCAGCCUACGACGGUGGUGUAGAGGUGUUCUCUUUAGCGCCGACAGCUUUGUCAACCGAUCGACGAGCGGUUAGGAGCGAAGGAGUUGACAGCUUGAGCUUCUUGGGGGAUGGAUCGAUGUUGGUCGGUAGCACACAAAGCUUGGAGGAACCUUCCGCAGUGGUCAUCACAGCACCCUUCUAUACGGAGAACGACCUACCACCGAAAGAAGUUCACAGUCGAAUGUGGACCACACAAAUUCUGUUCCCGCAGAUCAGCAGUGUCUGUAGCCAUGCAGAACUGCUCCAAGGCCACACAGAAGGCGAUGCCAGUUGGCUCUUUGCUUAUGAUCACUCCUUAAUGUCUUACAGAGCCGUCCGGACAGACGAUACGAGAACUGGUGUCGCUUACUUCUUGAAUCCAACCACAAGUCGCCGCUUCAGCAUGCCAGCACCUUUGACAGCUCCGACCGCUACAGCCUGUGGUACUCUAGUUGUGGCCGGGUUCAGUGGAAGUGGCCUCUGGAUUUAUGGCGUGCCGGAAAAAUUGGAUGUGAGCCCUGAUAUGGGUUCAGUUGUGGAAAGACAUGAACAGCGACUGCAAGGGAAGAUUCCAUUGACUUCUGCGACCGGCCAUCUUGAACCCCUCAUGGCAUACUCACCGUCGGUUUCUGGCAGCAGCGAUGAAAUCGAAGAAGAUUCCCUGGCGGCAAAAGUCGACUGGAGAGAAAGUCUUUUCGUCAAGUGUUCGCAGAUAAGAACAAUCGAAGGCUGCACUGCUGCUAAGUGGGUCGAAAAAUCCGACAUGAGAGAAUGUGCGUUUUACGGCAAGAGACUGAUAGCAGUUGCGCCUGGUGGCGUCGACCAAUUCGCGGAAGACCUUGGAGACGAGACUAUGCCUGUGGACGGAUCGAGGGUGUCAAUACUCGACUUCGACUAUGGCCCGUCUUGCGGCCAAGAUUGCGAACUAACGAUAGAGGUUGGUGACAAGGAGCCAGAGUUACUAACAGAACAAAUCGGCGACAUGGAUAUUGAGGUGGCAAUCGAAAGACGCCGAAGUGUACGAGACCGUGGAAGAGGGGGUAUAAGGACUGGCCUGGGUCGCUCUAUCACCACGGCGUCCGUGAACCAGUCGUGGAACCAACGGCGUACCAACAACUCGGCAUCCCCGACGUCGUCACCCCUCGACGUGGACGCACAGAUGGAUCUGGCCAUUGCAUCGCCUCGCGCUCCGACACAAUUGCAGGCCAACCUGCACAGAUCCAGUACCGCAGCAGGCUUUGCUACGGCUAGAUACCCCCCAAGACCGCCUCUUGCACCCCAGGACGCUGGCCACCUUGUCUACCACAGAUCACCCCCUCAGCAGUGGCAAUCAGGAGUAGGAUGGGAAACACCCCCUCCGCCAUAUUCAAGUGGCUCCCAGAGCCAGGUUCAGUCCGCCAUACCAUUAGGUUCGGCGCUGAUGCAACCUCAUCCCAUGGGCGCUCCAGGGUCAAUGCCCAUGCCUUUAGCAGGAAUUCCAGAAAACGGGCACAUACCUCAACAAAAUCAGGCUCACAUGUUUCGGCCAGGCUUCGUACCAGGCCCGAUGCCAAUGGCGAAUCAUCAACUACAAUUCCCGGGUCAUCCGCCUCCUCAUAUGAUGCCCGAAAGGCCUCCAGAGCACCCGGUUGGCGCAUUCAGCAAUGCAAUACCCAGAUCUGUGCCUGCAGGGUAUUCGUCUUCUGUUUCACCUGAUCAACAUCAACACAUCUUGCCAAACCAAGCCCAAGCCUCUGCAGCGGGCCAGCCACUCGUAACUACAAUUUCUGCAGACUCGUCUUCACGCCCAGUAUCUCAUUCUGACCGAUCGUCACCGCACCACACCCCGGAGCGCGUGUCACCGUUGAACAUCUCUCAACCUGGCCCGAGCCCGUUUGAAGCAAGAUCCACACCACAACAGUCCGAUAAACCUGCUAAUGCUGGUUCCAUUACCCUUACAGGUGCCAACCUCCAAGCCCGCCUUAAUCACCCAGUUCCUCCCACUCCAACAAGCCUGGAUCAAAUACGUCAGUCGCAGUAUGAAACCGCUGGACCGCCUACACCUCCUAAAACAGAUCAGCCUCCAACCACACAAGCAUCCGGUCCUGCAGGAGCGCCCUAUGCUUUCGCACCUCCGACCGCAGACCAGAUGGCUAACUUGAACCGUCGAAUCUCCCAGACAGCACGAAAGCCUGUGCCUGUGACAACCAACGGUUCGGCCUACCAGAAUCCGGACCCAGCAACCCAACCGAGGGGCGGCUCAGUAGUACCUCCCUCCCCACCACGUGGUGCAUGGGGAGCGUCUGGCAAUGCGAAUUCGCCAUCAUUCAAUAAGGCCAUCACGGCUCCAAACGGUUUGGCUAGGAACAACUCGCGUGGCAGUGGUCGCGCGAUACCCAUCUCCACGUCGACACCGAAUCUAGUAGCGUCGUAUUCUUACGAUCGACGGCCACAAAUGAGCAACAGACUGGACACGAUCGAGAGCAUAUCCAGCUCGUAUGGGCCCGGCGAGCCUGGAUCGAGAUCCCAUAGCAUUGCCGGGCAGGUGGUCAUGCCGAACCAGAUGGUGCACGCUAAUUCUUUUGCGCAGGGAGGCUCGGCGUAUCAGGACAUGGAUGCCUGGGCGAGAAAUGCAUCGAGUUCAAUGGGGCUGAAACAUUCGAAAACAAAGAGGAGGAGGAGAAAGGGUGAGCCGCUGGCCGAUCCGGGCCGGGCACAGACGUUGCCAGCAGGUAGUCCGACAACGGGAAGGAAAGAGAAGGGAAGUCGAUGUACUGUCAUGUGAGGAAGCAUAUGGGCUAGCAAAGUCCUUGGACGUUGGCUGGAAAAUUGUUACAAGUACGUUGCUAGGCUAUAUUCGCGCAUGGGCAGCAGAAGUUUUACCCUGCAUGCUAUGCUCCUGCGAAAUUAUGUAUACACUGGUCUUUGGGUUUCCACUGGGCGAACACCAAAGAUAUACACAAUAUGAAAGUCGUUCUGGCUGCUCGACCGA